UUUCAUAUAGGGUACACCUAGGACCCAAUCGAUCUGGUUGCAUCCCCAACCAGCAUUCGAUAGUGUCGUCAGAGAGAGAGGCGAUGCGAUGCAAGAUAGAGAGAGCCGCGCAUUUAAUAAACAGACGCCGCCAUGCAAAACACAUACUAGUGCAAUAAAACUUGUUUGGACGCUCUCUCUCCCUCUCUGUGGUCUUUGCAAAAAGAGCAAAAGCCGCUAUUCUCUGUUGCUCUGUCCGAGCGUGUGUGUGUGUGUGUGAGAGUGUUUGACAAAUCUUCUUUAGCUGCUGCUGCUGCUGCUUCUCGCUACUCGCUGCUCACACAACUACUUCGAAGCAGUGGCAACAGCAAGCAGAGCCAGCGACAGAGGCACAGCUAGGCGAGCAAAAUUUCCAUUGUGUGUGGCAGAGUAGAAGCAGCAGCCCCGCGCAGCCAUCAGCAGCAGCAGCCAACGGAACACGGUUGGUCUCGGGUCGGCCCGCAGUCGGUCUACAAUUUUCUGACUCGUCAUUUGUGUUGUGUGUUGUGCGAAACGCCAGCAAAAGGCGAUUGCAAAGAGAGAGAUGUGUGGUGUGGUGCACAUAUACGUUAAACGUUGAGUAAUAAUAUUAAAAAUAAUAAAUGUGCUGCAGUGUGUGUGUGUCAUUGCCAAAGCAACAACGUUAACGUUUAAAUAAAUAAUUGUGAAAGAAAAGCAGAGAACGAGAGGAAAAUAUAACUGAAUAUUUAACCAAAAAAGCAACAAAUACAAAAUACAAAAACGAAUCAACAGCAAUAACAACAUCAUAGAGGAGGAGGAGAAGGAGUGAAGUAGAAGAAGAAGAAGCAGUAAACCGUUCACUUUGUGUAUCUCUGUGCGUCCCUGUCUCUCUUACUGUUCGUCUGCCUGCAGUGCCUCUAUGUGUAGUUGUGUAUGUGUGCAUAUUCUGUCGCAGCAGAAUCAAUAAAAAAGUAAAAAGUAUACAAAUUCAAAACGCAAAUGUGCAAAAUACCAGAGAGACAGUAGUAAUCCAUUACAAAAUAAAACACACAUUUGAGAAAAUGAGGUGCUGCUGCCGUGGAAACAAGAAAAGCCAAGAACUAUGACGCAUCAAAACCAUCAGACAAACGGCGCUAGUUUGGAGGAUUGCCAUACAAACUUUUAUGCCCUGACUGAUUUAUGUGGAAUAAAAUGGCGGAAGUUCGUCAAUGGGGAACGGCCGAAUGCGUCGAGCGAUCCGUUGGCCGAUCCCAUACUGCGCUCCUACUCGCGAUGCAUCCAGGCGGACAUGCUCUGUGUGUGGCGCCGGGUGCAGUCCCACAAGCCGGACAACACCGAUCCGAAUGCCUUAACCUUUGAGAUUACCACAUCGACCAAGGUCCACCCGCCCCUAUCGCUGGCCGCCGCUAAGGAGCUGUGGAUAUUCUGGUACGGGGAGGAGCCCGAUCUCAGUGACCUGGUCGACGCCGAAUUGCUGAGAGUAGCGGCCAAUCAAGCGCUUUGGAAUGGCACCUGGAAGGGCGCGCUCACGUACGAGUGCCGCUCGCUGCUCUUCAAGGCGCUGCACAAUCUGAUGGAAAGAUUCGUGCUCACCAAGGACAUUGUGCGCUUCGGCAAAUGGUUCGUGCAGCCCUGCACGUCGAGCGAUCGUCUCUUUGGACGCAGCUCCCAGCAUCUGUCCUUCUCCUUCACGUUCUUCGUGCACGGCGACACGGUGUGCGCCUCCAUCGACCUGCGCGAGCACCCCGCCGUGCGGCCCCUGACCAAGGAGCAUCUGGCCGAGGCGGCAGCAGCGUUUGCCGCAGCCAGCUCCAGCGGCCAGUCGGGCCUGGGAUCGGGAUCGGGAUCGGGAGCAGGAUCCAGCUCGGGAGCGGGACCGGGCCAGAGCCAGACACCGGAUUCGAACGGAACCAGCGGAACGGAACCAAAUGAGGGGGCCGAGGCGAAGGCCGCGCCGCCAGCGCAUGCGCGCAAGGUAAUGCUGGCCCCCUUCGGCAUUGCGGCCAUCCUCACGGGCAAUAGCUACAGGGCCAACGACCCCGUGGCCGAGAAGAUCCUCGAGGACUGGGCCUCGUUCUUCCCGCUGUGCAAUAAGGACAACACGGACGUGCCCCCCGUCGUGGAGGUGGUGUCGGGUGGCCAUAAGAUGUACCAUCCUACGAAUUAUGUACUAGUCACGGAUCUGGACGACAUGGAGCACCUGGAAUUCGCGGAGCUGCAGAGGGCCAGUGCGGGUGUGGGGUCCGGGGCUGAGGCAGCUGCCCUCUCCUCGGCCUCCUGUCCUCCAGCUGCGUCUGCUUCUGCUUCUGCGGCCACGCCACCCGGUGCCUCCCAGGCCAAGGAUGGCGGCGCCUCGCGGAAGGCUGUGCCCCAGGCCGUCAGCGCUCUGGAGCGCCUCUCCUUCCAGCCCUACUACGACCAACGCCCGACCUCGGGCUUCUCCUUCAACACCCACAAUACUCAUAUACCUGCCGCGGCGGCCGUCGAGAUGCCGGAGCGUGCGUGGCAGGACUGCGUCAUGAAUACCCUUCAUGUGGAGGCGGCGGCGGCAGCAGCAGCAGCAGCGGCGGCGGCGGCAGCGGCGUCGGCGGCGGCAUCAGGAUCCGCAGCGUCUGCGACGUCAGGCGUUCCGGAUGAGGACGAGCAGAACAAGCCUCCGGCGGACUCCAAGCAGCUGGUGCAGCAGCAGAUCCAGCAGCAGCAGCAGCAACAGCAGCAGCAGCAGCGCCAGAAGCUGUGGAACUUUGUGGAUCCCAUGCAGAAGGCGCCCUGUAUAUGCACCAACGCCCAAUGCAGCAGCAGCAAGCGUCAGCAGCAGCAGCAGCAACAGUUUCUCUCUCAGCAGCCGCUGGGCUCUCCGUCACUGCGGGCUGCCGCAGGAACUGUCGGUGGCAGCAGCUCCAAGUCGUCCUUCCAGCAUCAUUACCAACAGCAGCGUCCCGGAACACCAGCCGCCGCAGCAGCAGCAGCGGCAGCCGCCUUGGCAGCAGCAGCGGCAGCAACGCAUCAUUCCAACAACAACAAUACCACCACCACAACCACCUCUUCUUCUUCUGCUUCCACCACCAACACCACCAACACUUUAAACUCGAAUUUGAAUUUGAAUUUGAAUUUGAAUUCGAACUCGAACUCGAACUCGAACUCUUCCUCUGCCCCAAGGCGCCACAAUGUGCCGUUCCACAAGCGUUUACUCAAUACGCUGACGCAGUCGUCGUCGUCCUCGGCCGUCGUCGCCGCCAGGUACAAGGCGGCAACAGACACCAAUACACCAAAAGCAAGACACCUGUGCAGCACGCCGCACGGCACUCCGCAUGGCGGCGCCUCCACGUACUCACGCAACUCCCUGGGCGGCGACUCGUCGCUGCCGGUGGCCUCCGUGGGAUCGCCCGCCACGCCGGCGCCCUCGCCCCAUCCGAACUCGGCGCACUCGCAGCCCACGUCCGUGCCGCCCGCAGAGCAACUUCUCAACAUGAGCCCCCAUGCGCCCACGUCCGUUUCGAAUCUGCAGCAGCCGCCGACGCCCAUCGACCACCUGCUGGACAAGAACACGCCCGCGCCGACGCCCACGGACCAGCACGACAACAAGAGCAUCACCGCCUCGCCGUAUGUCCACCAGACGCCCAGCGUGGAGCCGCCCUCCUACACGGACCAUGCGGCAGGCGGUGGGGCGUCGCAGUCCCUCACCGGGCCCGGCAGCGUGCCGCCCCAGCAGCAGCAGCAGCAGCCACCGACGCCCACGGCGGGCGGCACUCUGACGACGAGCGGGGCCAACGCAUCCGCCGCAGGAGCCGCCUCGGGGACGGCCGGAACACCGGGUGGAGCGGCCUCCACGACGACGACGACGACGGCGCAGUGCGGCACCAUCAGCGUGAAGAAGCUGGAGAUGCAGCAACAGACGCCGGCCGCCCAUCAGAUACCAAUCAAGCCAGAGCCCGGCACGGUGCGGGGGACCACGGUGACGUCCACCACGGACGCCAUCAACAACCUGCUGAGCCUGUACAAGCCGCCGAAGCUGAAGCUCAAGGACCCGGACAGCUUCUACGACGACGAGUGGCUCAAGGAGGUCAUCUACGACUUUCAAUUCCAGGAGAACUGGGACUACCUAACCGUGAAGCGGCCAAAGAUGGAGGAGGCGUCCAAGCAGAAGAGGACGCGGUACGCCAAGAACCUCUACGAGGGCCACACGCACGUCAAACCGCUCAUGCCCUCGCCCGGAGCGGUCUACGGCUCGCAGCUGCUCUCCCUGGACGUCCAGGCAGCGGCCAGCGGAGGCGCAGGCGGUGGAGGGGCAGCGGGAAGCAGUUCUAGCGGUGGCCUCGUGGGCAUCGUGAACAGCACGGCCAACGGCAGCGAUGCGGAGGCCGAGGGCAGCAGCUUCUUCCACGGACUGGACAUCAAAACAGAGCCGGGACUCCACUCGCCGUCGUGCAAGGAGACAAAGUCAUCGUCGGGCGGCACCACAGGCGCCAGCAGCGGCGGCGGAGGGAAUCUCUUCACCGCCGAGGGCCUCAAUCCCUCGCUGAACGACCUGGAGCAGCUGUUCGAGACGAGCUCCAACGACGAGUGCAGCAGCGUGCAGAUCCACACGCCGCCCGACUCCAACAAUCCCUCGAACGGCGGCUGCAGCGCCGUGACCAACACCAUCGACGAGCUCAAGCGGAGCACAGCGGUGGCCAGUGCUGUGGUGGCAGCCGCAGCGGCGGCCGCGGCUGUGGCCAGCUCUGGGGCUGGGAACAUCCAGGCGGAGGAUCUCACCAAGAUGUUUCCCACGCCGCCCUCCCACGAGCAGCAGCACCCGAACUCCAGUCCCUGCCAGACGGACGUGGUGAUGACGGAUCUCAGUGUGGACACCAGCAGUAUUAUGGCAGUGGCUCCCCCCAUUCAGGUGCCGGCGGCGGUCAUUGCGGCCGCUGCCGCUGCCGCAUCCGCCUCUGCCUCUGUGACGACGGUGUCCGCCGUGGUGGCCCUGGGCACGCAAUCGAGCCUGAAGCUGCUCAAGCAGGAGUACAACGUGGAGCUGGGCAGCCCCCUGGAGGAGCCCAUCGACGACUGGAACUACGUGUACCGGCCGCCGCAGCAGGAGAAGUUCGUGGGCUCCUCGCGCUACGCCCCGCUCACGAACCUGCCCAGCCAGACGCUGCCGAGCAUCAGCAUGCCCACGAACUGCUACUACAAGCCCACGUGGAGCACCCACAAGUCGCGGGCGGCCACCAUGGCGAAGGUAGCCGCCGCCCAGCAGCAGAAGCACCAGAAGCACCAGGCCCUCCAGCAGUGCAUCCAGCUGCACCAGCAGAAGCUCCAGCAGCUGCAGCAUCAGCACCAGCAGCAGCAGCAGGCGGCGGCGGCCAGUCAUGCGCACCAGAGGCACCAGCAGCUGCACGAACUGCUGUCGGCGGCGCCCAGGACCCCGCAAACGGCCAUGCCCUCGCCCUCCACCGUGCCCCAGCCGCUGAGCAGCGGCGGCAGCCAAUUGCUGCUGAAUCAGCUGAACUGCCCCCAGGCGCCGCCCGGCAGCUCCAUGCAACAGCUGAUGCAGCGGGCGGGCAUGUCGCCCAUCUCCCCGGGACCCGGCGGCGUCGGGGUGCCCUUCCCCCGCAACAGUCCCAUGCUGCGGCAGACGCCCACCCAUCCGCCGCCCCCGUAUCCGUACGACCUGGGCGUGGCUAGUCCGGCGACAUCCACCUCCUCGUACUUGAACCGGCAGCUCCACUCGCAGGAGGCGCAGCCGCAUCCGCACACGCCGCAGAGCAUGCACCACAUACAGUCGGGCAUGCACGGCCUUGGAUCGGGGCCAGGAGGAUCGGGCCACCACCACCUGGGCAACAUGAUGCCCUACACUGGCGAUGCGGGCAUUGCCAGUGGGCCAGCAUCGGCGGUGGCGGUGCCCUCCGGGCUGCUGCAGGAGCUGCCCGAGGUCAACUCGGUGCUGGUCAACAUCCUGCUGUACGACACGGCGCUGAACGUGUUCCGCGACCACAACUUCGACAGCAGCAGCGUGUGCGUGUGCAAUGCGGACACCCAGAAGAUCGGGAACAUACGCGGAGCCGACUCCGGGGUGUACGUCCCGCUGCCGGGCGUCAGCUUCAAUCCGUUCCCCGCACAUUCCGCCAAUGCGGCGGCCACGGCCGGCCAGAGGCUGCUCAACGGGCCCAGCUCCUCGUCCUCAUCGGCCGCCUCGUUUGGCGGCGGCCUGAGGAUGAUCAGUGCCUUUGGAGGGUCGCCCGCCUCCUCGUCGAUGCCCGGAGCUGGCUCCGGACACGGCCACGGGCCCAAUGGCGGCUCCAACUCCUCCUCCUGCACGCCGCCGAGCAGCAAUCCGCACAUCACCGGCUACGUGGACGACGAUCCCGUCGAGUGCACCUGCGGCUUCAGUGCCGUCGUCAAUCGCAGGCUCUCGCACCGCGCAGGACUCUUCUACGAGGACGAGGUGGAGAUCACGGGCAAAGCCGACGAUCCGGGCCGGAAUAAGCAGCCCUCGCUGCUCAGCCUCAUCCAGAGCCUGUGCCGCAAGAACCAGGCCAAGGCGGCGUCCGGGCCCGGCGGCGACACCAGCAGCUCUUCCGCUCUGGAGAAGGUCACGGGAGCAGCGGCCAGCGCCGGGCAGCUGGAGCAUCUCGCCCAUGCCAUCUUCGACCUGCUGCUGGACCAGUGCUCCAUCAUCCAGACAUCCAGCAGCUCCGUGCACCGCGCCCUGCAGUCCCACCGCCGACGCAUGUCCCGGCAGCGACGCCUCUUCGGCACUGGCGGCGCCCCGGCCGCCUCGAUGGCCUCCAUCGCCAAUGUCCUCGAGUUCAUGGAUGCCCACGAUGUGAUCAGCCUGGCGCUGGAGCAGGCCCGCAUGGCCUUCGAGCACCAGCGCAUGGACAACAUGCUGGAGUUCCACGGAAACUCGAGCCAGCAGCUCACCGCCUUCCACGCCCAUCCGCCCGCUCUGCGCCAGAAGCUGUCGAUCCUCGGCAGCGGCUGCCUCACGGUCCACAAGUGGCCGUACCUGCCCGUGGGCUUCACGCGCAGCAACAAGGAGAUCGUGCGCACCAUGAACUCCAUCCAGCCCAUGCUGCAGAACGCCUUCCACUGCAAGUCUCGCGGCGGGGCCGCAGGCUCCAAGGACGCCAGCUCCUACAACACGGUCAGCGGGCCGCUCACGUGGCGCCAGUUCCACCGCCUGGCGGGCCGUGCCUCCGGCCAGUGCGAGCCGCAGCCCAUACCCUCGGUGGUGGUGGGCUACGAGAAGGACUGGAUUUCGGUGGCCCCGCACUCGAUCCACUACUGGGACAAGUUCCUCCUGGAGCCGUACUCCUAUGCCCGGGACGUGGUCUAUGUGGUGGUGUGUCCGGACAACGAGCACGUGGCGGGCUGCACGCGCAGCUACUUCCGGGAGCUGAGCAGCACCUACGAGAUGUGCAAGCUGGGCCGGCACACCCCGAUCCGCGGCUGGGAGGGCAUACUCCAGGUGGCCGCCAGCCGCAAUGUGCCGCCAGAGCGAGAGCAGACGCCGCUGGACGAUUGGCUGCGGACCCUCGAUCAUCCGCUGGCCGAGCAGAUCCGCCGCUAUGCGGUGGCCUUCCUCCACCAGCUGGCGCCGUACCUCAGUCGCGUGCCUGGCGACAAGACGCUGCUCAAUCCGCCCGACGGCAGUGCCAGCGGAGGCAGCUCUUCGAAAGGCGGCCACCACUCCGGCGGCUCUGGAACGGAUCCACUGCACAACGAUCCCAUCAAGCAGGAGCCGGGCACAGAGACGCCGCUGUCGGCAGCCCCGACUUUGGACAGCAGCAGCAGCAGCAGCAACAACAACAACCAACAGGACAGCAAGGACGGCGUCAAGGGGAGCGCCGGUGGCGACACCAAGCCAGCCCUGAUACUGGGCGAUCCCCUGGGCGUGGGCGAGACGCUGGAGGACAUCAAUCCAGCAGCCAUCGUCCUGUACGUGGUCAACCCCUUCACCUUCGCCUCGGACAGCUGCGAGCUGGAGCGCCUCGCUCUGAUCGCGCUGCUCCGAUGCUACGCGGAGCUGCUGAAGGCCGUGCCGGACUCGGUGCGCGCCCAGAUGAACAUCCAGAUCAUAUCGCUGGAAGCGGUGAUGGAGCUGGGACCGUGCGGCAACCGCAAACGCUUCUCGGACGAGAUCAAGUGCCUGGCGCUGAACAUAUUCUCGCAGUGCCGGCGACAUCUGGUCCAUGCGCAGUCGGUGAAGAGCCUCACGGGCUUCGGCACGGCCGCCAACAUGGAGGCCUUCCUCAAGACCAAGGACGAACCGAACCGGCGGGCCUACAAGAUGUACACCGCCCCCUUUGUGCUGGCCCCCAUGUACGAGCGGACGGACAAGACGGACUUCUCGCGCUCGGCGGGGAGCAUGCACGGCCAGAACGAGCACCGCUACUCGGUGAUGUACUGCAACUAUUGCCUCAGCGAGGACCAGGCCUGGCUGCUGGCCACCGCCACCGACGAGCGCGGCGAGCUGCUCGAGAAGGUGUGCAUCAACAUCGACGUGCCGAAUCGCGCCCGUCGCCGCAAGGCACCCGCCCGCUAUGUGGCCCUCAAGAAGCUGAUGGACUUCGUCAUGGGCAUCAUCUCGCAGACGUCGCAGAUGUGGCGUCUGGUCAUCGGGCGCAUUGGCCGCAUCGGCCACAGCGAGCUCAAGUCGUGGAGCUAUCUGCUCAGCAAGCAGCAGCUGCAGAAGGCCUCCAAGCAGUUCAAGGACAUGUGCAAGCAGUGCACCCUCAUGUAUCCGCCCACCAUCCUGAGCGCCUGCCUCGUCACCCUCGAGCCGGACGCCAAGCUGCGCGUGAUGCCCGACCAGUUUACGCCCGACGAACGCUUCUCCCAGAUCUCGAUGCAGAAUCCGCUCUCCACGCCGCAGGAUGUGACCUGUACCCACAUUCUGGUCUUUCCCACGAGUGCUGUCUGUGCGCCCUUUACCCGCCAGUUCCAGAACGAGCCCCAGGUGGAUGAUGACUUUCUCACCUUCGAAGAGGAGGGAAACGAGGACUUCAGCGAUGCGGAUAUCGGGGAACUCUUCUGGGGAGACACACACAUGGAUCGCGUGUCGAAUCACGGCAGUCCGGGGCGCAUGGAGGACAAUCGUAGCUGGCAGAGCGCCGGUGGCAACAAUUUCAAGUGCACCCCGCCCCAGGAAGUGGAGGAGGUGGGAUCCCUCAAUCAGCAGCCCAUAUCGGUGGGCUAUAUGGUCUCAACGGCACCGACGGGCCGCAUGCCCGCCUGGUUUUGGUCCGCGUGUCCGCAUUUGGAGGAAGUGUGUCCGGUCUUCCUGAAAACCGCACUCCAUCUGCAUGUGCCGAACAUCCAGAUAGCCGACGAUAUUCUCAACUCUACGAAUGCCCAUCAGUCGGCGAAUGACCAUCCGCUGGACUCCAGCCUGACGGCGGACGUGCUCCGCUUCGUGCUGGAGGGAUACAACGCCCUCUCCUGGCUGGCCCUCGACUCCAACACGCACGACCGUCUCUCCUGUCUGCCCAUCAAUGUGCAGACGCUAAUGGAUCUGUACUAUCUGACGGCAGCUAUAGCCUAAGGACCUCAAUCAAAGACCGAAAGACCGAAAGACCAUUUCACAAUCUUCAAUUAAACGCAGUCGCAUGCUUCCGUUUGCUAUACUUCCACUAGCUAUACAUACUCCGUAUAAACCACAAAAGCUCCACAACAACUCCACAAAAACUCCAAAACGAAGUCCAGCUCCAAACCACAAAAAGGAAACAAAACAAUCGAAGUUAACAGAAUCAAACAGCAAGAAAGAAGCAGAAACAGCAACAGCAACAGAGCAACCAUUAGCCGUAGAUGAAAUUAGACACAGAAGAUGAAGAAAACAGAAAUAAAAGUUGAAGCAACCAGCAACAGCAGCGCACAGAUUACUUAGCAUUACUUAACCGGAGGGCCUUGUAACACACAGAAAGAUAGAGACACACAGAGAGAGAGAGAUAGAGAGAGAGAGAGAGAGCAGCAGUAGCAGCUGUAGCAGAUAGGAGAUAGAAGAUAGAUAGAGGAUAGGAGGAUAGGAGGAGUAGAGUUUACCCAUAAGUCUUGAACAGCAACAGCAUUACUAUUUAUUAAACUAUCGAGAAUUGUCAUGUGUAAAGUUUAAAGAGUGUAGACAAGUGUAGACAAGUGGAGUGUCUGUCGUUUGCAAGAUUGUUUUUUUUUUUUUUUGUUUUUUUAACACCUAUAUUAUUUUUUAUACAUAUACAUAGGCCUGGGCGUUCGAUUAGUGUUUAAUAUUUAUAAAUAUACAAGAAGGAACGUAUUUGAUGGAGUGGGAGGAUGAGCAGAGGAGCAGAUGAAUGAUCGAGGAGCAAACAACAGCCACCACACACACACACACACACAGACAGACACACACACGUAGGCAUAUAUUAUACAUACACAUAGAGCAUAUAAAAUACGCAAAAGGACGAGAGAGGAUCGGGUCGGAUCGGAUCGAAGGAGAGCAUGUUUAGGAUUAAGUAACCAGUUUGUACAUAUUUACAACAAAACCGAUUCAAAAACCAACAACCAACAACAGCAACAACAACAACAAGCAGCAACAAAGCAAAGCAAAGCAAAAAAAAAGCGAAAAAGAAACGUGUAAUUAUACAAAUACUAGGAUUAGUUUACAACAAAUUGGAUGGAGUGCAGAGGAGCAGUCGGAGGAGUCGUUUAAGUCUAAUUAAAUUAAAUUAAUAAAUUGUGUAAAUUUUUUUGUGCGAAGUGAGCAUUAGUUUAAAUUUAAAUUAUACAACAACAACAAACAAAAAAAAAAGAGGAAACAUCCAAAACAAAACCCCAUCCCAAAACCAGAAACAUAUAAACGGUAUACUGUAAAAUUGCAUAUAUAUAACACUAUAUAUAUAUACUAUAUAUAUCUGGACGCCAAGCGCAGAUCGGAGAGAGAUCGAGAGAGAGAGAGAGAGAUAGAGAGAGGAGUAGCAUGUAGAGUUAGAUGAUGAGCGUUAGGAUCAGUUAUUUUUUUAUUUUUUUUGAAUUUUUUGUGUAUUCUGUUUCGUCUGUAUUCGUCGUACUGUACUAUAUUCGUGUAAUCCCUAGGGCGAUUCUUUUACUUCCCCCUGCAUCCCCCCAACGCCCCACACACCCACUCACAUAGCCAAUUGUCAAAUAAUGGAAAUACUUAAAAGAAAAUGUGUACAAAUUAAUAUAUAAUGCCUGUAAACAAAACGAAAACGAAAACAAAAACAAAAAGGAUAGCUUUCUACAACACCAACACUCACCAACAACAACAACAACAACAACAAGAAAAAACACACCACAAAAUUGAUUUUGCACGUUGAAACGAUUUUCGCUAGGCUUAGGUUUAAAAGUAAUGAGAAAAAAAAACAAAACAUAAACAAAAAACAAUUAUUAAACAAUGAAAUUAUAUUUUUACCUGUGUAUUUUAAUUAGCAUAAAUUGUAUAAACAAGAAAGUACGAUUACAAAGACGGUUUUCUAGUAAUUAUCACACACCAACAACAACAAAAACAACACCAACAACAUCCUCUCCCCCGCCUAACUCCUAAAACCACAAACACACACACACACACAUGCAUAUCUUUUAAGUAGUUUGGUUUUUCAUUUAGUAUUCUAUUCUAUUCUACUAUUUUUUUUUUUGUGUAAUAAACAACAAACAUAUUUGCAAACAGUUUUUGAUUUGUGAUUUUUUAUUUUCCUGCGCUCUUGAAAACCAACGCCCCUCCCCCCAUAUCCAUAUCCUCCGCAAAAGCAUUAUCACACGCUGCUGUACAUAAGAAAACGCCUAAACAAUCACUGAUUGAUGUGAUUGCGCUUAAAGAGUUUUUUCCUAGCUAAGGUUUCAGUUGAGUUGCCGCCAAAAAAAACCAAAACCAAAAACAAAACACUCUCGAUUAUUUCCCCGGUUGGAAUAUUCUGGGGGCCGCCAAUAAAGAGCAAAUAAUUAAUAGCAAUAAAAGGGUGUAAAGCACAAGAAAAACAAAAAUAGAGAUUUACAUAUAUAUAUAUACAUAUAUAUUGUAUGUUCAAGAAGGAGGGAGGGAAGGCAGCAAGCAAAGAUAGAGAGAACCCCGCAACAAUUGACAACAAGCAUUCAUAGCAAAGAAAAGAAAAACUUAAAUAAAAUAUAUAUACAUAUAUAAUGAUUAAAAACCAAAAACAUGGUGGGAACAGAUUUUUUUAAUAAGCCAACUCGAUUUACGAGCUGAAAAUUUUCUAAAAUUAAAGACACUAGCCCUAAAGGAAAACAAAAAAAAAACAACAACAACAAAAACUAAACCAAAAAAACUGCAUAAGUAAAACCAAUUAAUGUCCGUGCGGUUUAGGACUAGCAGACAACAACAAAACAAACAAACAAAAAAAAAAGAAAAGAAAAGAAAAAAAGAAAAAGUUAUAUACACGAGAUGUUCAUUGUAAAGUUAGUUAAGGGCUUGAUAACUAGAAAAUAAGUCAGAUAGAGAGAGAGAGAGUGGAGGAGGAGGAUUCGAACAAAUACUAAGUGCAUUAAGCGUUGGAGGGGAAGGCAAAGAAAACCAUUUACUAGCCUAAAAGUAUUCAAUUAUUAAGUGAACUUAGUUGGAGAGCCUAAAAGAUGAAGUGGUUUUGAUGGAUGGCACGGAUGAAGUAGACAACACACCCCCGAAGAUGCAAUUGUUUCUAAAACAAAACACACACAAAAAAAGGGUGUCAUGUUACACACACGGACACACACACACACACACACACACUAUAUAUAGUAUAUAUAUAUGUACACAACACACCUAAAUUAGGAUCGGAAUGAGAACAUGAUUGUCAAAAUCUAGCUACAGAAUUGCAUAUUAUAUACAUACAUAUAUAUACAUAUACAAGUACACUUUAUAUAUAUUGGGCAAAAACAAAAUGUUGUUGUAGUGCAAUUACAAUUAAGUUUUGUUUUGCCACCAAUCCAGAGUAAAACCAACAAAAAACCAAAAA